GGCAUGAAACAAGUAAAGACUUGAAUUGUAAUUCACGAAUCAGUCAAUUUUCGACGCCUAUUCGAAGUGGUUGUGACCUUUGUUUCAAUAUAUUUUUAAAGAUAAUAAUUCAAUCUGACAAUAAAAUCUUUUUAAACUGAAUAUAUUCGCCAUGGCUGAAACGGAAAUAAUAUCGAAUAGUGAUAAUAAUGAGCAAUUUUUUGAAGGUGUCGAAAAGUUAAUUGAAAUAUGGUUUACACCGGUCCAGCACGCUGAUUUAAGAAAAAUCACUCGCCAACAAUGGGAGAAUGUUUUGAAAAUAGUCCGUUGUGAGAUCAUAUCUUUUACACAGAGUGACCAAGUUGAUGCAUAUGUAUUGAGCGAAAGCAGCAUGUUUGUGUCGCGUCGCCGGUGGAUCUUAAAGACGUGUGGAAGGACGACACCGCUUCGAUGCGUACGGGCAGUGCUGGCACUGGCGUACGAAACUGCGGGCCAUACUAGAGUGCAGAAUGUUUUCUACUCUAGACGCGAGUUCGCCAGGCCUGAGGCCCAGUUGAAACCGCACGACAAUUUUGAUUCUGAGGUUGAACUUCUGGAUUCGUUCUUCGGUGACGGACGAGCUUAUAUCAUGGGCCCGGAGAAGGAUUGCUGGUACCUCUACACGCUUCUGCCGCUUGAAGGAACGGUAGACGCACUUGAAAAGGAGCAGCGUGAAGUUACUGAUCGAGAAGUUCCCGAACCAGACCAAACCAUAGAGAUACUGAUGUCGGAGUUGGACCCCGCCGUCAUGGAUAUAUUCACAAGGGCUAAUUCCGCUGAUUCUGCGCAGGCGACUAAGGCGUCGGGAAUUGACCAAAUAAUCCCGGGAAUGGUGAUUGACGACUAUCUCUUCGAUCCCUGCGGAUAUUCCAUGAAUGGAGUUGCAAAGGAUGGCUACUACAUGACCAUCCAUAUAACGCCGGAGCGGUCGUGUUCGUACGUCUCGUUCGAGUCGAACGUCCCAGUCGAGCGCUACGAUCGCGUUCUACGGGCCGUGCUCGCCGCUUUCAGACCUGCCAAGUUUAUCCUCACCAUAUUCCAUACACCGGACGCGCCCGGCACCGAGCCGCUGCCCGAGCUGAAGGCCUACCACUCCCUGAGCGGCUUCGAGCAGAAGGAAGCCCAGCACUGCCGCUUCUCGGGCUACGAGCUCCACUACGCGCUCUACAACAAGUUCCCGAGCUGAGGGCGCGCUCCACGCCGCCCCGCCCCAGCCCCGCCGCGCUUUCGCCCCAAAACCCCCGCCCGGGACAUUCACACGAUACUCGCCUCCACCGCGCCGCGCGUCUACGAAGACCCGCCCUGCCGAUUCCGCCCCACCCUGCUGAGGCGGAUCGUGUCUGCGAUAUUGGCCUGCAAGUGCCGGGCCAGUGGGGCAUGACGCCCAGAGACGUCUCUUAGGAGUAGCUCUUAACAACCCUUAACAUAGAUUUCGAGCAGACCUGGAUUCGUCUGGAUCUGCAAUUCUAGAUUAAGAGGCCUAGAGUUCUAUAGGUGCGCUUCUAUUUGCUUCUUCUCUCAGUUUCAGGUGCAUAAAGAGGACAAUAUAUGAAGGAUUUUAAUAAAGUUCUCUCAUUAAUGUCGCUGUUACUAUCGCUUACGCUAUUGGUGCUAAUUACAUUUCAUGUACCGUAGAAAGGAACGAACAAUUUCUGUAACUUAAUAAAAACAAAUUAAAACAUUCAUCGCCUAGAAUCGAACCUAGAUCCUUUACGCUUUUAUAAAACCUCAAAAUUCUUUGUAUAAUACCAAUAGCGCUUUCUCGAUAGUGUACAUAGUUAUGACAGCUGACAUACCGGUUUGACAUUGACGUUUCGAGAUACGACAGCUGUCAAAAGGCACUCAGCUUCGCUUCGUCACUGAGCUUUUUUCACUUUCAUUUGCGACAAAUUACGCUGCUCAAGGUUUAUAGAAUAACUUUUUUUUGUGAUCUUAAAUUUAACCCUGCUGUGAAUUUUGUAACAGGGUGCCAUAUUUAGGGUUCAAAAUCCGAUAUAGUCUGAUAUUUGUAAAGUGAUAUUGACAAUUCAGAUUUCGUUAAUUUGUAGUUAAUUGUGCUUUUAUAGAUGACAUAAAUUACGCUAAGUCUGCGCUCAAAGAGUAUUUUAAUAAUUAUUAUUGAUUAAAGUACAUUGUCAACUUCGCUUUUAAAAAAAUGCAUUUAUUAAAAUUGAAAUAUAUGUCGCAGACUCAGCGUAAAGUGACAAGUUAUAACGUGAAACGGAACGCAUCAAUCGUAUUUGAAACAUGACAUUGACGUGUCAAUUUGACAUUCGUUAUAGAUUACAAUAAAAAUAAAAAAUAUUUUACCAUUCCAUUGUGUUAGUGAUAUUGUAUUAAUUCGUGUUUUCGAAAUUGACAUAAGAAAAGAUGUUUCUAGAAUAUUUAGACGUUAGAGAAAUAUGAAUUUAUAUGAUAAUAAAAGUUAUUGACGUAGCUGUGACGUUAAAGUAGUGAUAGAUUUGGCACAAAUGUACAAUAUAUUGUAAAUAAUAAGAGUAAGAGAUAGAUUAAGUCCAUUUGUUGCGAUAAGUGAUGGUGGGGAGCGUCCGAGACGCUGGCGAGCUUGGGGUGUGUUUAUUUCAAUAAAUCAUUUUCUCUCAAA